AUGUGGGCUAUCAAGCUUGUGAACGUGAUAGUGAUGCUAUGUUGUUUGGAAUUGUUCGGUGCCGCAGACGCCCUGAAGCCGGGUGGCCAAGGAGUGUGCCAAGUUAAGACCAGUUUCCAAAAAACGCGAUGGAAGUCGUAUUACGCGCAGACGAAGAAAAUGUGCGGCAGAAAGAAGUGCGUCGUCAAGAAAUCCAAAAAGGAGGCGUUCACCGCCACGAGGAACCAGACGGUCUGCUGCAACGGCUGGCAGUAUACAGCUGAAGACGACAGCUGCGCCCCGUUGUGCAGCACCGGAUGCAGUGGGGGACGCUGCAUCCUGCCCGACGUGUGCCACUGUGAUCCCCCAGCCACCCUCGACGAGGAGCACAAGAACGCCUGUAUCUCACCCACGUGCGACCCACCUUGUGUCAACAGCGCGUGCGUCGCCAACGACACCUGCGAGUGCUUUGCCGGCUUCAAAGAGCACAACUCCACUCACUGUUACCACUGCGACCCCGGAUACGUCAUCGACGGGGACUUCAGCUGCGUCCCCGUGUGCGAAACGCCGUGCUCCAAUGGAAACUGCAUCGGCCCGAACGCCUGCGGGUGCACCGCCGGCUUCAGGCUCAAGGACGCGUUCACCUGCGAGCCGGUCUGUGAGAGGCCCUGCGUCAAUUCAGUGUGCACCGCUCCUAACGUCUGCUCGUGUCUGGACGGCUAUAUAGAGGCGAAUGAGACAUGCGUUCCGGCGUGCAAUUCGUGCACCAACGGGCGGUGUGUCGCUCCGAACGUUUGUGAUUGUGACGACGGUUAUACAGGAGUCAACGGUAGUUGCGUGCCGGCCUGCGAGAGAGCCUGCGUGAACGGCUUCUGCUCGGCACCCAACGUGUGCACUUGCAACGAUGGCUAUUCAAUGGGCGACGGCGGUUUCAAGUGUUACAAACCUUGCGACGCACAGUGUCCAGACGCAUGUGACGAGCACGGAAAAUGUAUCGAUUGCAGCGUCCCUCUAAGACAAAGCAAUGAUCCGCGUAGGCCGGAUAAGUUGUACUGCUGCAACAACUGGAAGUACGACGCCAAGCAGAAGAAAUGCGUCUACCACUGUCGCCUGGGCUGUGGCGAGGGCAAGUGCGUGGGGCCCAAUAGAUGCAGCUGUGACCCGCCAAACGUGAUGGUCGCUGAUAAGUGUGUCAAGCCGACCUGCGAACCGUCGUGCGUCAACGCCACUUGCACCGGAUACAACACCUGCACCUGCAGUGCCGGCUACGAGAAGAUCAACGCUACGCACUGCGCGCCUACUUGUGUAACUGGUUACAAGCGACCCUGUGCAAACGGUGCCUGUGCAAAAUCGACUAUCGAGGCUGACCCGUUAGCGUGCGUGCCUAUAUGCGAGCCGAACUGCACGAACGGCAUCUGCACCGAACCUGGGGUUUGUCAAUGCCACGAGGGCUUUGCCAACACCAGCCGAUGGCGGUGCGAUCCGGUAUGCGAUGGAUGCGAACACGGCACAUGUGCCGCGCCGAAUAACUGCAUUUGCAAUGAAGGCUACUCGAUGAAGGGCGGCAGAUGCGUGCCCGAUUGUGAGCCGAAAUGCAUGAAUGGCAUUUGCACCGAACCUGGGGUUUGUCAAUGCCACGAGGGCUUCGUGAAUACGAGCCGAUGGCAGUGCGAUCCGGUAUGCGACGGAUGCGAACACGGCACAUGUGCCGCGCCGAAUAACUGCAUUUGCAACGAAGGCUACUCGAUGAAGGGCGGCAGAUGUAUGCCCGAUUGCAGGGCCUGCGUGAACGGCGUGUGCACGGCGCCAGGGGUGUGCAACUGCAAUGAUGGCUACAGCGCAACUGUCGGAGCGGAGGGGAGCUGCAGCCCCGUAUGUGAGGAGCCCUGCGUCAACGCUGACUGCGUGGCGCCGAACAGAUGCAAGUGCGCCCCCGGUUUCGUUAAGGACGAAGAACGGCAUACGGUAUGCUACGAGCCGUGCGAGAGCUCUUGUGGCAACGGGACUUGUACAAACGGCACUUGCGAAUGCCACCUUGGCUAUGUAAUGGAGAAUGGCACCUGCGUUGCAUUACCACCAGUACCCUGCAAAGACUGCGAUGGUAACUGCACUGACGACGGUUUGUGUUUCUGCAGUGAUAAAAGUCCAUGCUUCGAUUUCAUAGCCGAGCCAGCUGAGAUCGCUUCGUCCGCAAGGCUGGCUGGGUUGGAGAUAACUUGGCUAGUGGGUGCGGUGGUGGGACUGCUUAUUCUCACGCUGAUGAUCGUCAUCAUCAGCUACAUGUGGAGGAAGAGGAAGGAGUACGGCGCCAAACCCGCCGAAGAGCAAGGCAUGUACAACCAGAGCGUGGUCUACACCGUUUCCAACACCCUGCUACAAAAUCGAGAUGAAGAGAGGCUAGAGAAUGAGUACGACAUACCGAACGAAAAGGGACAGAACGAGGGAGCAGGCGAGAACUUACUCGACGGAACGAUAGUCCGCAACGACAAAAUGUACGAU